CUGGUGACACUGGAUACUGUCUUUUUUGACCGUUGUAUUUUUGCGUAAAAAUACACAGUUGCGCGGUCUGUUAUGUCAGUCACUUUGUCCAUCUAACUUUGGCCCCGUACUGGACACAGGCAACUAUUCCGUGUAUCCUAUAUAAUAGCUUCGUCUUACGUUUCGACUUCAUUGCUUCAACCUCUGUGAAUUGUGGUAGUGAUAUCGUGUUGGUAGCGUGAACCUCACAUAGAGUUUCUCGUAAUUUCGUAGCAAAAGAUUGGCAUUGAAAAUGAGUCGUCUUAUAAACUCUGCGCUGUUCAGAUGCGGCUCGAAAUUGAUUCAAAAAGCUAUUAGAGAUAACUGGAAAGUUACAACGACCGGCGGUUUAUAUACAACUGCGACCGUGCAACAAACUGAGGACUUGGCCUCGUUACCUUUCCCGAAUAUCCGAACUAAAUGGACGGAAAAGCUAGAGAUGUUUAACACGGAUAAUUAUGAUCCUCUACCGGUGUAUCGGGUACUAAGUCCAGACGGAACUGUUAUCGAUCUUGCGCAUGAGCCGAAGAUCCCGGACUCAAAACUGGUUAAAAUGUUCGAAGGAAUGCUAACGCUUAACGUCAUGGACCAUAUUUUGUAUGAGUCUCAGCGACAGGGUAGGAUCUCGUUCUAUAUAACGAGUUUUGGGGAGGAGGCAACGCACUUCGGCAGCGCUGCAGCACUCGAAAGUAACGACGUUGUUUUCGGCCAGUACCGAGAAACCGGUAGGAAGGACCAAAACCAAAAAGGAACAAAUACUCGAAUGUGCAUCUACAAUAUGCACCAUUUAGAAAAAAAUAUGGUUAAAAAGUAUAUCAUGUCACGGCGCCAUACUUGUGUGUUGGUAUGCUUUAAGUACGUAUUUUGUACAAACACGUCUCACAAACAACAAGUAAUUGUCAACGUCGCUUCAAGAUGCAUUUAAUAUUAGAUAUAGCUUGACCUUUCGUCUUUUUCGCGCGGC